UGCAUGUAAGAUGCGCUUUGCACUUGACUUGGUUGAACUAGAAUGCUGGGUUUGGUGGAAACUCCAAGUGAGUAUAUGUUUCACCUUAUUUCAGUGACAUCCGAUUUAUCCAAAUCUUGCAAAGCCAGUCUGGCUUCUUCUAAAGCUGGUAAUGCUUCUGCCAGAGCGUCUUCUGCCUCUUUCUGAUGAAAAGAAGAAACAUUAAAAAAGUGAGAAACAAAGAACAGCAUACUGUUGCAUUAUAUGUUGUCCCAUUGAGAGGGGCGUUUAUCAAACAAGGAGAUUUACAUACAUAUCAUUUAAAAAAAAUGUGUCGUGAAAUAUAUAGUUAUUUCUUAUCUCCUUAUGGUCUUUGAAUAAUACUUAGUUUAAGUCACGAUCCAGUGAUGGGAAUGUUCCAUUGUCUUUUCAUUUUUUUGAAAACCCCACUAUUCUUCAUACAAUCCAGUCACUCAUCGUUUUAGCAUAUUUAGACAUUCAUGAAAAGAGCCUACUUAAAUUUUAACAUAAAUGUUCUCUAUAAUAUCCCCAGUUACCUUUUCGACAACAAUAAUUUUAUUCUGUUGAUUAAUUUCCUCCUUUUUUGCCUCCGCCAUCUGUUUUUUCUCCAUGGCUUUCUCCGUGUUUUGUGAGAUCUCUGCCAACAACUUCUCACAAGCUUCGCUCUUUUCUGUCACAGCUACUUUCUGUAUGGCCAGCUUCUCGUUGAGUUCAGCGAGCUGAUCACUGGCUACCAACAGCUUACUCAGACCACCAUCAAGACGAUGACACUGAAAAAAAAAUCGAGAAAAUUAUGGUGUUUGGUCUCCACGGCCGCCGAAACGCGACCACAAAUUGCACAGAAGAAUGGGCAUGCCGCUGAGCAUUCAUUGAUAUAGCAUCGUGGGCUCAGUCAAACAUUUUCUUUUGCUUUACUUUGACUUAAUUGCGACAAAAUAAGGCCCCAAAUUGUAUGUGUUUUUAAUUAUUCCUGAGUCCACCUAAAAGUGUUUGGGGUCUUUAGCCUAUUUUUACCUAAAAAAUCUGCUAAUAAAUCAAAUAUCAAAACAAUUUUAACAGGUCGAAUUUUUAACAGGUCGAUCAGAAACUGUUUGGCCUACCUGUUCUAAGACGUAUUUAUCCUUCUCCUCCAACAGUUUGGUGUAAGUAUUAAUAAAGUCCAGAUAGUUCUUAGGAGUGACAUAAUUCACACGCCGUAACUUGAGUAAGAAUUCCUUGCUGUAUUUCACGACAGUCUCUUGUACAAAUACAACAUGUUCCACCACGCGCUCUCUGUACUCUGCAGGGAUUUUAUCAUUCUGGAAAAAUAAUUGGUUUAAACCUUAAUAUAGUUGCACGUCUAUUAUUACAAAAUUUCUGAGUAAUAUCAACAAACAACAACAAUAUCAACAAACAACAACAACUAUAUUAACACAACGAACACGUAAGUGUGGAAUUUCCAGGACGGAAGUGUAGCCUGCCGAACUCACAGAAAGUAUUACUUGUCAACAUGCAAUAAAGUCAAUAAAAGUAUGAAGGAAAAGAUCUCUAGCCCACCUUUUCUCCUAAGAAAACAGAAGCCACCGCACACAAGGCUUGUUUUGGCCACGGCAUAAACCAAUCGAUACUAGCAUUGUUCACCAAACCAGGAAAAUUUCGACACCGUGUACGCAAGGUCUCACCAACAGGAGACAUUGCUAACACUAUGUGAAGAUUGCUUGCACAUUUUGACACGAAAUAUUGCCAGAUAGACUCUCGAGCUGGUGGCACGUCGUGUUUACUUGCUUCAUCACGGACCUAUUGCAGAAUGAAACAAUAUUAGAUUAAGUCUCCAGGAAAAAUUGCAGUAAAAACAUUGAUUCCCAGUCAUAUUUGCCAAUACAAUACAAUACAAAACAAUACAAUACAAUACAAUACAAUACAAUGCAAUACAAUACGUCAGUCCCAUUCGUGAAACAAAUUGGAUACAAUUUUGCUUCUUAGAAAGGAGAUUUAUUAAUUUCCAGUACAAUUUUGACAGAGGGUUGGUAAAUUGGGAAAAAAAUACGAGGAAACAUCAAUAGCAACGUUUCCUAUAGUUGGCCCAAGCAGGACUUGUCAUGCUUGUCAUUAUAUCGGAGUGUAUACGAUUAACAGACUAAACAACGUAGCUGACUGUACCUGACCAAUAAUGGCUUCUUUCUCAUCAUCUGGAAACAGAGCUGGUACCAUACCAGAUGUCAACAUGUUGUUAAUCAACUCCAGAAAUCCUAAAAAAUAUUUUACAUACAAAUUUGUAUUGUUUGUGACAUUUGUACCUUAAUGAAAAAUCCAUAAAAUUAGGAAAAAAUUCAAAUUCGAUCUAGUCCCAGAACUUUAUCAAACUUCAUCCAUUCCUAGGACUUGAUCAAAACUUCAUCCAGUGCUAGGACUUGAUCAAAACUGUAUUCAAUCCUAGGACUUGAUCAAACUUUAUCCAGUCCUAGGACUUGAUCAAACUUUAUCCAGUCCUAGGACUUGAUCAAACUUCAUUUAGUCCUAAAACUUGAUCAAAACUUCAUCCAGUCCUAGGACUUGAUCAAACUAUUUAUAUAUUAAUGCUGGUCAUCGGUUUAUACCAGCUGAUAUUUGUUAGCUGAUCGGUUUUUACCAGUUUAAAUAAAGAAGUUAUUAUUAUUAUUAUUAUUAUAAAUUCACUUGACCAUGUAACCGAAUAAAAUCAAAAUGGUCAUCUCACUUCCCUUUGGAAAAUAAUGAGUAUGAAAUCGCGGGACUUUUAGAGUCUUCUAUACCCCUAAGGCCCUAAGUAUUUUCUAACCUUCUUGAGCGACAUGUCCAUCAGUGAACAGAAAGACAAUCACUUUAUUUUCAAUUCCAAGUUUCUGAUACAGAACUUUGAGAUCUUCUCGGAAAUUCGACUCAUCAUAGCCUCGACUUAGUGUAAUCUCAAACACCUCAGCCCCGGCAGCAAACGCAGCGAGACGCGUGAGACUUUGCUUUCCGCUACCCCCCACACCCACCAAGAGGGCGUGGCCUUGACUCAUGCGAAUCACGCGGUGGAUUCUGGUUAAAUGUUCCAAAGCGUCGUCGAAGAGCACCAGGUUCAUCACAGUGUGGUCCAUGUUGUAUUCUUCCAUGAUCUAAAAUAAAACGAAAAGUUGAAAUGAAAUCAUAUCUGAAAUAGAGUCAAGUUGAAAUAACUCCAGACGAACGGCCUUCGCUCGAAACGUCGAAAUUCUCCUUAUAUAUUUUCAGGUAGUUGUAUCCCUACCAACGAAAGCUUGUUUAUUUGAUUGGCACUACCUACACUGGCACAGACAGUUAAAGAUAUAUAUGCUUGAAAGUUUGCAUUGCGACAAACGAAUAAAACUCUUGGCUUGUGCAAAGCACCACGAAAAUGUAUGGUAAAUAUACAAUAAAUGGUGUUUUCCACAAGCCAAGAAAUAUAAAAUUCAUAAUAUUCAUAACACUAAGAAUAUUCCGAAUUGUUGUUGCAUUGACCGUCAUGUUAGGUGCAAUAGACAUAUUUAGAUUGAGGACGCGGACGUCAAAGACGACGCGAAAAUGGCGUGUUGUGUCCAUUUAUGGAUAUGCCACGCCAUGUUCAUAUCGUCUUUGACAUCCACGUCCUCGAUCUAAAUCUGUCUAAUAAUAGUGGGACGACAGAGAGAGACCCUACUCUAUAUUCAACCCACCUCCUCAAAGACAGCUUUAGAAGCUUCAUAAUCGACGACAUCUUCAUAAACUCGAGGUUCUCCUGUCAGAGAGUUUCGAUAAUCACCAAACAAGAUUGGUUCUCGUAACACGAAAUCCAAGUGUGAGGAAAAUUUCUCUUCAAGUAAACUUUUUAUGUAACCCUAAAUAACACACAAUUUAUUUAAAGUUUAAUGAAUUAACUUAGGAUAAACAAGCUUAAACGUAUUCAUUUUGAAAUCGAUAUAUAGCUCCAUCAUUUCUGCUUAUAUAAACUGUUCUCCAUAGAGUCUCAGUCCAGGAUAGCUCAUUCACUUCUUCAACAAGCUUGUUAACAAAUUUUGACAAUGCUGUUCCAACAACUUGUCAACAAAAUGUCUCCAGAACAGGUUUGUAGCAAGCUUGUUAACAAGUUGUGACAAUGCUGUUUCAACAACUUGUCAACAAGAUGUCUCCUCAACAGGCUUGUAGCAAGCUUGUUAACAAGUUGUGACAAUGCUGUUCCAACAACUUGUCAACAAGAUGUCUCCUCAACAGGCUUGUAGCAAGCUUGUUAACAAGUUGGGACAAUGCUGUUCCAACAACUUGUCAACAAGAUGUGUUUGAAUAGGUUUGUAGCAAGCUUGUUAACAAGUUGUGACAAUUGUGUUGCAACAACUUGUUAACAAGAUGUGUUUGCAAUAGGUUUGCAGCAAGCUUGUUAACAAGUUGUGACAAUGCUGUUCCAACAACUUGUCAACAAGAUGUCUCCUCAACAGGCUUGUAGCAAGCUUGUUAACAAGUUGGGACAAUGCUGUUCCAACAACUUGUCAAUAAGAUGUGUUUGAAUAGGUUUGUAGCAAGCUUGUUAACAAGUUGUGACAAUGCUGUUGCAACAACUUGUUAACAAGAUGUGUUUGCAAUAGGUUUGCAGCAAGCUUGUUAACAAGUUGUGACAAUGCUGUUCCAACAACUUGUCAACAAGAUGUCUCCUCAACAGGCUUGUAGCAAGCUUGUUAACAAGUUGGGACAAUGCUGUUCCAACAACUUGUCAACAAGAUGUGUUUGAAUAGGUUUGUAGCAAGCUUGUUAACAAGUUGUGAGAAUGCUGUUCCAACAACUUGUCAACAAGAUUUGUUUGCAACAGGCUUGUAGCAAGCAUGUUAACAAGUUGUGACAAUGCUGUUCCAACAACUUGUCAACAAGAUGUCUCCGCAACAGGCUUGUAGCAAGCAUGUUAACAAGUUGUGACAAUGCUGUUCCAACGUACGACUUGUCAACAAGAUGUCUCCUCAACAGGUUUGUAGCAAGCUUGUUAACAAGUUGUGACAAUGUUGAUCCAACAUGUCGACCCAUUCUUCCCCUGCUCUAUAUGGCUAUGUUAUACUGCCUCAGAUCUAGCGAAAAACAAAACUUGAAUCAAGUCCAUGCAACCCGUUGGUAAACUUAACAUUCAGGUAAUAUUAUUAUGUCAUAUCUAAGGGAUUUUUCCACAUACCUUUAAUUGCAGGUUGAGUAGAUAGUAAUUUGUUUGUGCCACACAACGAUAUCAACCCUGUCAAACCAACAUAAAUUCCAGUUUUAACUCUUUAAGUUACAUUAUGCCCUGAUGCAUGUGAUUUUAAAGCUGCAGGAUAUUAACCCAUUGAGCGUCUCCCCUUGACGAGUAUUGGUACUGUCCGAAACUGGGCAACCCACUGAAUACAUGUAUAUAAGUAUUUAUAUAAUAACGUUAAGAAUUCAAGCGCUUUCAUUGGUUGAGAGCCAUGAUAUAACAACGUUAAGAAUUCAAGCGCUUUCAUUGGUUGAGAGCCAUGAUCUAUUAGAGGACAGACACACAUAAUUAUGUUACAAUUAAGGUAGCCAAUAGCAUUCCCUUAUUUGUAUAGAUAAUGUAUGUGUGAUAUUUGUAAAAUUUUGACUUUUUCAAAUUUCAAAAUGUUUGGGUGGAUAAAAAGUAAGCUAUUUACCUAUUUAAUUCGUGGUUUUUCUUUUUAUUAUAUAUAACAAAUAGAUAAAAUUUUGUCGUUGUCUGUUCAAUUUAUCAGUUAUAGAACAAAAAAGUGACCCACUCGCCUCGACAACUCGUGAACCACUUUUUUGUUCUUCCCAAAUUAUGACGUCAUACUAUGUAUCUAUAACUGAACAGACAACGGCAAAAUUUUAUCUAUUUGUUAAAUAAACUACAAAUUAUCUAAAUAUGAAUAUAUGUACAAUAUACUACAAUACUACACUAUAAUAUUCUUCUCUUUUUUUGGGUGACAUAUUCUAACAUUUUACCAACGAAAUGAGGUCUAUUACUGUACGCAGUACUAGGAUACACCACUUAACACACCGUUUGUAUAUUUUCCAAGCGAAGUAUUAAGAAUUUUGCUGCAAUUUUUGCGAAGUACAACAGGAAAGAGCCGGCCGAAUGCCGCCAUCUUGUUUUAGUGUGCUAGACCCGAUUUUAAGGUGUCGAAAACCCGCAGCGCAGGCAAUAACUACAGGGAUUUUGGAAAUGUCGAGUUGAUUAAAAUUUUAUACCUUUUUUGACCUACUGCAAGAGGAGCUGCGAAAAUGCAACUAUUACACACGUAUUAAAAACGCACAAGUUGUUACAAGUCUGCAAACAAGUUGUUACAAAUAUGUUCACAAGCUGUCAACAAGUUGUCUUCGCACUGCUUGUUCCCAGUACGUUGUUGGAACAAGUUUGGAUCAAGCUGUUAACAGUUUGUAACAAGCUUGUUGGCAUUUAUCAGACUUGUCACAAGGUUGUUCUAACAAGCUGAUACAGUCAUGAUAAACAAGAAUGUUACAAGGUUGACGUUACCAGGUUGUUACAAAUUGUUAACAGCUUGUUCAAAAGGCAAACUUGUUGACAAUUUGUGACAAGCAGUGCGAAGACAACUUGUCGACGGCUUGUUGACAAACUUGCUACAAGAUGUGAGAUUUUUGCAUUCAAUAAAAAAUACAUAAAAUUUACACUCAAAAUUUAUGUUUAUAUGCGUGAUCGCGUGACCUUGGCAUAUUUCCUGGGAAAUCAGCCAAUCAGCACAACGUAAUAGCACAAAUAGGUUUUCUGGCACAAAUCGUUUGAAACAAAUUGAAACAGGAAGUCUAGGUGACUUGUAAGGAUCUUGAAAUAUGGCAGACAACCAAGGCGCUCAGGACGGUUCUGUUGCAAAUUAUAAACGGCCAAUAAAACCUUACAAGGUCGCUUUUACUGGUGCAUAUAAUGUGGGUAAAACAAGUUUGUUUAGAAGAAUUUUUAAGGAAGACUUCAGCGACGAAAAAACACAGUCUUUCGUAGAUAAACGAAUGCAUGAGGAAAUAUUCCACAAACAUGAAACUGUAAUACCGGUAAGAAGUCGACUAGACAUGAAAAUCGGAGCCGGAAUUUAUAGACAAUUAUAAUUUAAUUAGAAGACAAUAUACAUUUAAAUUUUUUCUGUAUAGUAACUUGUGCUUGGGAUCACGUCAAUUGCCAAAUUGGGCCUUUGCAUUUUUAUAUUCACCGAUCCCACUCACACACAAAAUAAUGUGGCAACAUAUUUGAUAUAGGGGGCAAUUUACUGCAACCAGGGCCCCCAACCCUAAUUUGAGAGGUGCUAUACAAAUCAAGACUGUAAAGAAUUAAUUGGCAUAGGGAAUAUUUCCAUAUGGAAUUUACCCUUCUGGAAAGUAUGUCACUUUGGCUAUAUAUUCAUAGAGCCUCGUUUUCGUGUUGUGACAUAAGUUAAAGCCCAACAACUCAAUCAUGAAAACAUGCAAGGCCCUUUAGCCAAGGUCAUAUACUUCCCAGAAGGCUGUAUUGCACCGAAAUGAAGGCAGAACAUUGUCCCGAGGCCAUAUCACUCUGGUUCGGGUACUUGAGAAGUCUAAUCCAUUAAAUCCAUUAUCUUUUUUUCUGAUGGAGGGGUGAUAUGAUGACAAUACUAAAAAGUAAGCACCUCCUAAAAUCAAUACAUAUAUUUUUAUCUUUAGUUGGAAUUUUGGGAUACAGCUGAUUUGGACAGACAUGGCAGUAUUACGGAGUCAUAUUAUAGACGCAGCCAGUUUGUUCUUCUAGUAUAUAGUGCUAAUAAUGGAGACUCUUUACAAGAAGUGUCUGAUAUUAUUGACAAUCUCAAAAAUUAUCAACCUACAGCAAAACGAAUUCUUGUUAGAAAUAAAAUUGACUUGCCUCCUGGUGAGGAUGGUGUCCCAGAGGAAAGAGAGAAAGCUUUUCUUCAUGACAAAAAAAAAUACAUAUUUGCAAAUUUUUGGACAUCAGCAAAGACAAAUGAAGGAGUUGAAAACUUGCUAAAAGAACUUGGGAAAUAUUCAGUGAAGAUUUUUAAAAGCAGAAGGAAAUGUGAUGAUCAUCACCAGGAGAAUGGAUUCACAUUGGACCUUCAUGACAAAAAGCAAAAGAGUGGGGGUUAUAACUGUUGUGCUUGAACCUUAUUUAUGAGACAGUGAGAGAAAAAUAACAAGGCUGAAGUCACGUUCAAUGCAGCCUUCUGGUCCCAGAGAACUGAAGGAUAUACAGUGUAUUUGAUAAGGCACAUUUGAUCAUUCGCCAUGGAGAAUGUGCUAUAUAAGCUACAGUAUAAGUUAUAUAAGCUAUAUAUUUCUUGCACAAAUUAAUGCAUUAAUUAGUAAAACUAUAUUUAAUAAUAAUCCAAAUGUAAUCAAACUUUACAGUAAUGCAUACUACUGAUACGAUAUACUUUUUUAAUGGCCGAGUUAAUUUCUUAAUUUUGAUAUAUUAACUUUAAUGGCCAGUGCCAGUGAGGGUAGCGAUGAAUACAAGCAACAAUGAUUUGUAUGAUUGAUACAAUGCUUCUUGAAAAACACAAAGAGUACUUUGAUGUUUUGAGCGAAGGCCCUACAUCUACCAACACUGUAGAUACUAAUCUACUAACUAGUCUAACUAGUCAAGUUCUUUUUGUAUUUUUCAGGUAGUUGUAUCUCAUAUAAAAGAUUAGCCCACUUACAGACCCACCAAGGGAAACUAAUAAAAGAUUGCUGCUUGCUACUAACCAGCCACCAACUUUAAAGUCAUCAUUAUAAGGACAAAAUUGUACUAAAAAAUUAAUGCUUAACACAUUUCACAAUCUAUUUUUUAUGCCUGCCAUAAGAACUUUAAAAAUAUUGGGCAAGUUGCUACAAAACUUGACAUCAAUGUGGUAAUGUACAGAUGUAACAUUACAGCUUAGAUUUUGGAGAUUUUGAUGAUUUUCGGACCAUAGCUUCCAACAUGUCCCAUUGUUCAUUUGUUACCUAAAACAUCAAACAUGAGGAAUCACAUUUUAAUACUGUAGGGUCUGACAGUUCGACAUUUUCGGAUGUCCUUCAUUGCAUAGGAGUAUAUGGGAGGGAAAAAUUAGGGAGGCGGAAUGAAAUUUGCCCAACUUCAACUUCAUAUGCUUAAUUACUCCAACUAUUAAUAUUGCCAAGUAUUUAAGCUCGUAAUAACUAAUAAGGUUCCAUGCAGGGGCGGAUCCAGGAUUUUUCGUACGUUAGUCAAAGUUUUCGGAUGUACAAUCUAGUUUUGCGGGCAGCGAAUGCGCGAGGCACCUAGGGGGGUCUGUCCCCCAGGAAUUUUUAUAUUUUUAAACCUCCGAAAUGCAAUUUGCAUCACUUUGAAAGCAGCUUCAAAAAAAAUUAACUUCAUGAAAUGGGAGAUAAUUAUAGCAACUAUCAGUCUGACUGACUCUCACAACUCGCUCCUUAGGGAAAAGUAAAGGAGAAGUACUUGCAGAAAUGUGAUAAUUGUGGAAGAUGUUUCAUUUUAUCAAAUUACGGAUUGCUAGUAUUAUGUUUAACUAUUUCAUGAUAGUACUACACUAAUUUUUGUUGCCUAAUAGCCUUGUUGAGUCAUUGAUCACUUGACUAGUGAUCACUACAGUGUCAUAUUACUCAAAUAAACAUAUCAAUAUUAAAGUCUUAACAUUCAUCUAUAAAACCUGACCUUUAUAUCCUAUGUACACUGCAUUAAUGCAUUUAUAUAGGUUAUCCUCCAUAUUAAUAGCCUUCUGAGUUCUGACGGACCUUCAACCGCAGAAUUACAAAUAUGCAAAUUUGUUGUGUAAAUCAAAAUUCAUAGCUAAAUCAAGAUACGCGUAAUCAAGUUACAAUUUUACAUAUGCAUGGCGCGCAUCUUGUUCGCUUAUAAAUAUUGUUAUGCUGUCUAAAACGAAAUAAAAUUUACAUAUCACAUUAAAUUUACCUUAUUGCACUUCAGAAUAAAGAUCUCGGCGCCAAUACUUCUACUCAAACAGUCAAAAUGUACUUCGUGCUAUUCGUGGCGCUUACGCCGCUUAGCAACUGCUCACUGAAUGGAACUCUCCGAUAUUUAGCGUUGAUUUUCCUCCCAAGAUCAGCGCAACAGUCUUGUAAGACAGCUAAAUCAUUCACCGCAAAUGCGGAUUGAACCGUUUCGUGAAUACUACAAGGACUGGAGUCUGGAGCAGCAGACAUUUCCGAAUUUUCCGUAGAUAUCUUUAAAUUGAAUCUUUCGACAAAGCUACAACAUGACACUUCGAAUGAGCGCGCGCUCGGAAAGACCUUAGCAUGCGUCAAAUAUUAAUGAUAUUCCGACCUAAUGGAGCACCCCUGACUUUUGUAAAUCGGUCAGAACUCCCCACAGAUCAGUCAAAAUCGCACAAAAUCGCUUGUUACCAUGGCAAUAAGCGUCUAGACCAAUCAAAACACUGUAUUUUGACUUUUUGACUGACCGACUUUGCGUAUGUCAGCUGCUCAUUGACUUGACUAAGCUCGUCGGCUCAACCACUGUAUGAAAUUUGAUCACUGGACUACAGUUCGAUUGGAAUGUUAAUUGCUAGCGCUGCAUGAUAAUAGAUACUGGACUAUUAUAAAAUGUCGCUGCAUGAUAAAAAAUAACUGGAAUAUUGGUCGCAUAUUUAAGACUUUAAUUAAGUUUGCAAUUUUUACGUUAGUCGCGUGACUGGUUUGACGACCCCUAGAUCCGCCCCUGCCAUGUUUCCUGAAACUAUGAGCUAGAGCAAGGAACACAUUUACAUGUACAAAGUUAACGCAUAUAAUUCACUCCAAUAUUCCUUAGGCUUGUCUCAUCCCAUCAGUUCAAUCGUGUUUCCUGUCAAGACAUGUCUGAGAUAUCAGUUUCAAAUACCUUGCACAGUUUGCUAGUUAUAUAUGCGGUACCAGCUAAACAUGGAUACAUAGAUCUACAUAGUACCCAGAUAUCGAAAGUCGUGCAGUUACUGUAAGUACCCGAGUUGCUUAUAAGAACCGUGUAUUAAUAUUAGAGUAUAUUAUGAUAAGUGAAAUUGCAAUGGAAACAUGACAAUACUAAUAAUAACGGCCGGUCAACGGACAAUGACCAAAUAUGCCUCUUGACCGGUCAUUUUUUUACAUCACCGGGCAUUUUGACCGGCCACAUUUUCAUGCCUUGCAAUGUGAUUGCUGACGUCUUGAAUUAAAACAUGAAACGAUGUAUCGAAACAAGUUUCUAAUAGUUUGUUUCACUGUUAGUGUAAGCGUAUCAAAAACAGAUUUUGACCGAGCUAAAAUCAAGUUGACCGGUCAUUUCGACCGGAGACCUAUCUCCCGUUAUUUUGAGCCCUGGCAGUCAUGAGAACCUUUCGAAAGUGCACUAUUUCCAGUUUUAAUCCUAAUUAAGGGACAGCAAAGUUCAUUACAGAAUACAGUACUAAUAAAAUUACUUUUAACAAUCCAUUGAACUCGCCCAUGCCAGCUGUCUCACCACCAUCAAGAUUGAUUACCUAUAAGCGAAAGCACUGCACAUGACAUAUUGACAUUGUUUUCUUUCAAGUGGGAUUUUGAAAAAUGAAGUGUUUUGUAAAUUGAAUGAUUUGAGUCUAAGGUAAAAAUGCUGAAAUGCGGAAAAAACUUUGAUUGGCAGUAGCAAAUUUAACCACUAUCCAAAGCCGUUUGAAAUAAAAAGUAUACGUGCUCGUGAGAAUUUGAAGCCAUUGGAUGAUUCCAGCGCUAUAGACGAAAUUUUGAUCUAUAGACAAGAACGAAAUCCAUUUUUUCCAGUUUCACCUUCAAUUUUAAAGGUGAUCUACAGUCCGUAUGUAAACAAAGCCUUUGUUUACAUUUUUGUGUCCAAAAUAUUGAGCUUUAUUCGACAACUAUUUAUAUUUUCAAGCUUGUAGAGUAUAAUAAAUGAUCAAGAAACAACAAUCAGGCUUUGCAAGAACCCAAAACAUAGUUAAACUGUUUGUAUCAUAAAAAGUGGGCUCCUUUGUGCACAUGCGCAGAUCGGACUGUAGGGCACCUUUAAGCAAAUAUCAGUUCCCGUUUUGACCAACUUUGGGCAAAUAUCACUUCCAUUUUGACCAACUUUGAACAACGUUUAAAUUAUGGGGGGGGGCUGUUACACCCCCCCCACACACCUCACCCCCUAUAGCGACGUCCCUGAAUAUAGCGCUGUGAAGUUCGCAAAUUUUGUAUAUAUUUGCAUUACGCGCGGGAAAAAUAACCAUUUUUGAGCCGAAAGUGGUUAUUUUUACCUCUCGUAAUACGAAUAUAUACAAAAUUUGCGAACUUCACAUGGCUAUAUUUUCUUCAUUUUAUAACAUUUAGCAACCAUGCACUCUUUGCAGCGUUACUCAUUCUAAGACGCUCUUUCUGAGCUGUGGUGUUGGUUCUUCUUGCCUUGAUCAAUUUCAGUCUACAGCUGAAAUCACCCUUUAAGCCCCUGUCAAAUGAGGACACGCAUUGUUACGGGGACAUUUGCAGCUCUAGAUUAUAAACAAAGUAAAGGUUUGAAGAGUGUUCUAACUAUGUUUUAACUUCAAUAAAAUACAUGAUAGUGUUGGGAAAGCAUUAAGAACAGCUAACAAAGGUCGCGUGACUACCAUCUCUCAUGCACUCUCAUCCUCCGUUCAUCCGGGCUUCAGACCCUCCGAUGCAAUAAUCAACUGAUAUUAGAGGAAAUCUUCUCGCCACAAACCUCUCCAGUUAACCAAUUUGAAUAAUCGCUGACAAGGUAUGCAGCUAGAUUGGCCAGUUCGUUGAUUUCUCCCAGACGAGAUGUUGGUAACUUGUUGAUAGCUUCUUCUUUAAAUUCACCUGUUGGGUCCAGUCUUGAAAACGCACCCUACAAAAAGAUAGUCAUUCACCUUGAUAUCAUAUUCUAUAAUCGUGGAAAAAGCCCCUUUAUUUUGCAGGUUGGGUAAUCUACGGUGCCAACAAGACAUGUUCGCAACAGGCUUGAAGCAAGCUGCAACAAUGUUUAGUGACCUUUAGUUAUUUUCUCAAGUUAAUGCCACAAAAGUGAGGCCCCAGAAUCGGGUGGCGGCCAGUGACUUCCGGUGUCACAGAAGAUUCGCCCCCCCAGGAGAUUCCCCCCCCCCUCCCAAAAGGGGGGCGAUAUUCCUAGGAUAUUCGCCCUCCCCCCCGGGCGAAUCUCCUAGGAAUAUCGCUCCCCAGGGGGGCGAAUCUCCUAGGAAUAUCGCCCCCCUUUAGGAAUUUCGCCCCCCCCCAUAUAAAUUUUGAAUUUUUGAUCUAAAAACAAAACGAUUGCAAGUUGAAAAGAUUUAUUGUGUGAUUUAUUUAUUUAUUACAAGGAGACAAAAUCACAUACACAUUUUAGGCUUCUUAGCAGCUGGUGGUGUGCACAGUCUGCAUAACCACUCAUUUGAGGUACUUAGACUAGUGUCAUAUUCUACACAUCUAAAGUGGAACCAUCACAGAGAUCGCAUAAAAUCGUGUUGUCGUAUUCUUCUGGCAGUUUACAUUCACAUAACAUAUUAUAAAAACAAUCGCUUGCAAAUUUUAUCAAUACGAGUGUUAACAAUAGCCGCCACAGUAAUCACUUGCUAACAAUAAACUAUAGGAUUAGUAAAAAAUCUAUGGAAUGUGUUGGGAAGCGUAUUGACUAUUGUCCGUUGAAUCGUCAACUUUCCGUGUCAGUGAUGUAAUCUUGAUUCUUCACUUCGCAAAGAAAAUUGCAUUAUAUAUGUGGUGUGGUUUAUUCAAAUAAUUUCAUGAUACUUUGAUUUUAUUAGUGCAUGCCUUUAACAUUUGGGAAUGUAACUCUGCAAAACUAAAAGCUUUCUUGUCUUUUUUGAAACGUAUAUUAUUGGAUUAUUGCCUAUUGGCAAGUUCUACCCUUCGCUUCUGAGAUUUACAAACUAUAUUGAAAUAAUGCAAGUAAAAGAUAGUGACAAACUAUACAUUUUCCGAUAACGACAAAACGUAGAUGCAGAACAAUACCAAUAAUUACAAUAACCACCACGGUGAUUACUUUUUAACAAUGAGUUUAAGGAUUAACACUGAAUAUGCAAAAUAUGCAUGGUGUGCUGUGAAGCGUCAUAAGUCCUAUUGAGUAUUGAUCUACUGUAACUGUGUAAAGCCAUUUCGAUACAUGUAAAUUAUAAUUGUAAAUUUGUAUUCUUACAUGCAGGGCUUGAAAUAACGUUCCCAAAGUUCCCGAUCAUGGUGAUCGGCAGUCGUAACUUUCCCUGCUUUUUUCAGGUUGGAAACCGAAACCCUGCUUUUCCGCCGAUCAUAAGCAAUUCCUUGCCGAUCAUUGAUCGGUGAUCGGUUGUUAUUUCAAGCUCUGUCUUAACAAUUUUGAAUUGAUACUGAUUUCAAAUGAUUAAAGCCAUGUAAUAAUUAUCCCAUGCAACUGUUAGGAAGGGCGAAAUUUUGAACGGAGGACGAAAAUCCUAAAGAAAAGGUGAAGUUUCUAAAGGGGGGCGAAUUUCCUAAAGGGGGGCGAAAUUCCUAGGAUUUUCGCCCCCCUGGGGGGGGCGAUAUUCCCAGGAAUUUCGCCCCCCGGGGGGCGAAAAUGUAGGGGGGGGGCGAAAAUCCUGGGACAGGGCUUCACUUAUAUACAGCAUAGAGAUAACACAGUCUUAUUUCAGAUCAGUGGACUAUACUGAAAAGUUGAAAACUCAAAAGUAGCAAGAGAAGUCAAAGAAUUAGAAUGUUAACAUCCCUGCUGAUGAUAAAAAUUCAGCGGUGUUCAGUAAAUAUUUCUUAAAGUAUUGUCUGUUUGAUAUGUAUUGUGUACAUGAAUUAAGGUAUGUGAUUUUAUGUAAAAUUAAAAUUUUAGUGUGCUUUGUCUCGGAACUCGCAGAAAUUCGAGGAAAUAGGUGCAUGAGAAUAAUAAUAUACUGGUGUUCCGAGCGAUCAAGUGCCUUCGCAAUAAUAAAAUCUAAUUUAAUUUUCUUUAUUGAAUGAAUGAUACUAUAUCAGCAUUGAAAGUUCUUAAAAUAAUGGGCUUCUGUAUGCAUUUGUAGGUGAUACAAGUACAACUACCUGCAAUUAAAGAAGUCAUGAGACAAGGGACAAUUAAAGCAGAUAAACUUUUGACACGUUUGAAUCUCAGGUUAGUAAUACUACAAGGAGUGUGAAGACUAAAUAUUAUGGUUUUAUGAACUGAUGACUUGAUUAACGCGAUACUCGUGGAAUUCUCUGCGUGGAAUUUAUAACUGAGAAAAUGGUUAGAGAGUCAUGCACGUAGCGUGCUCCGGUCGCGCUGUGAUUUGACUAUAUAAUUAGUGACAUAUCCUAUACUUAACCUACGUGCAUGAUUCUAACAGCAAUUUUAUUGCUAAUUGCAUACUUUAGUGUUUUAAUUACGGCUUUUAUUUAAUAAAACCUACUUGUUUGGGCUCCUAUCUCCAAUUCACAAGUACUAGAUAAAAAAUGAGCAGCCGAUCUUUAUCUGAUAUACAAACUCGCGCCGAAGGCGAGAGUUUGUAUAUCAGAUAAAGAUCGGAUGCGAAUGGAUGCGAUUGGAUGCGAAUUAAAAAACGACCCAUCUUAUGAGUUCAAUGGCGUAAGUAAUUUUAAAAAUAAACAUUGUCUAAACCGAGAAAAUCAAAGCUGAAGUUUAUGCAAAUCAGGACAAAUCUUUAUCCGAUUCACAAACAUUGAUUAAACAUUCAUUUCUUUUGUAUUUUCUUUAGAUAACUUACAUGCCUAGUGACUAUUGUUCUAGUUCAAUAGAACAAAAGUAAGGGCCUGUUUAUAUGGAAGCUGGGCUGGCCCAUUUAGUGAGACGGCCCGGUAAGCGGGAUGAAUUUCUCCUGUUACAUUGUAUUGUUUUCAAAAUUGACAGUUGUUAAAAAUAGCUUGCGGCGGUAUCUUUGAACUUUCAUCCCGGCAACCGGGCUAGCCCGCUUGUGAGUGUUUAAAUGGAGAAAUUUCCAUCCCGGUAAGCGAGAUCUCGCCUCUUUCAAGCGAGAUCUCGGCAACCGGGCCAACCCGCUUGUCCAUAUAAACGCACAAUAAUUUUUACUAUACAACGAGAUCUCGCUUACCGGGUUGUUUCGCUUAGCGGACCAGCCCGGCUUCCAUAUAAACAUGAGGCUCUAAGUAAGCAUUAUAUACUCCAUUAGAGUUAUGUGUAUAUGAGAGUUAUAUAUUCACUCAUGUAGAUAAUUCUAAAGCUUAGUUACCCUUGUCCUAUUAUAUGCUUCUGUAUACUAAAACAGCAAUAAUUAGGCAUAUGAGUUAAAGUUGUGAAUUGGGUCAUUAACAAAGUUAUCCAAAUUUGUCUAUAAUGACUGAAGUUCUUGCUGUAGAUAUAUAUAGAGCUCACUGGUAAAACCCUCUCAAACCUUGUUACCACGAGAGGGGGCGAGGGGGGGGGGGGGAGGAUUGAUUUGAAAUAUUAUCAUUAUUGUUUUAAUUAAAAAAGGUUCUUUAGUCAAUUAUUGUUUUCUUGGAAUGAUUCUUAUUAACAAGUUUUGGAUGCCAUGAUACAUUUUAGUAUUACUAGUUUCCUUACAUUAGUUGAAGGGUUUUGUAGAUGAAAUUUUUCAAGUGUAAUUAAUUUUAUACAUUUUUAUACCUAUAACCAGAGUGAGCUGCAAAAAUGCAACUAUUGGCCCCAUAGUUCUAUCAAGUGAGAUGCCCAAAAUCCUGAUAUUUAUCCGGCAGGCCUAAAACUCGAGUUGCAGAAUUGCCAAUCACAGGUUGCCAGUCACAGGUGACAUUAUCACAUGGUGCAGGAAUUUGCACCAUGUGAUUUGUGACCUGUGAUUGGCACUCGGUCAUCUCACUGUCACUUGCAAUCUGGGACCCGUGUGUGCCUGUGACUUGUGUGCGUUUUAGGCCUGCUUGCUAUUGAUCAUUUUCCUUACAUUUAUUCCAUUAUCUGUCUCAAUUCCAGGAAAUAUUUUGGUAAUGGCAGAAUGUCCAGAAUUUGGACAAGCAGUGCAGAGUGUUGCAAAGGAGGCUCUGUCUGCCAGUUUAAAAUAUAGCAAAGGUGGUGACCUUUCAAUCAACAUCAGCACUACUGAUGUGCAAGUGGUCAGAGAUGUAGUCGGAACUGUAUGCACGACUGUAGUUACACUUGGUGCUCUUUAUGCUGGUUAUCAUUUAAUGAAACCCUUAAUUGAGGGCGCGGUUAAACGUGCCUUUGGAGGUGAAAGAGACGACCAAGAAUUUCGGGAUAUCAAACCAGGAUCUCUAAACGUUCUACUGCAUUGUUUGACAGAUGAAAGAUUUCUGGAAGUUUUAGAAGAUUAUGAAUCUGGUGAAUUGAAAAAACGUUUACAGGAAGAAUUCUUGUUGGCUGGAAUUAAAAUAGAAGGAAUAAAGGUGGAGAUUUUAAACAUGGAAGAAGUAUGCAAAAGUAAGGAAGCUAUAAACGAAAGGUAUGUGAAAAAUUGGGUACAGUCCGGUCUGCACAAUGCGCAUGUAGGAGUCUCCUGCCAUGACAUAACUUUAAUUAGGUUUUAUUUCAUUUUAUUUUCUUGCAAAGCCUAAUUGUUGUACCUUGAUCAUAAUUUAAUAAAUUAUUUUCUUUUAAAUCCCUGAUCUUUUUUGAAAUUAUUUUACUGUUUUCUAGUGUGUUUAAUUUUCAGUCUUUAGUCAAAAUCAGGGUUUAUAUACACUUUUUAAUCUAUGCAUGUCCUCAACCAAAUAACAAUAUGGUAUAAUACUCUUGAAAAUAUUAAAGAUGCAUGAUUUCUACUCCAUUCUGCACAUCAGUUCUGCUCAUAACAAAAGGGGACCCCCAGAUAAUAGCCCAAAUUUUCAUCUUUCAAACUUUUUUGAAUUGAAACAUAGAGUUUAUAUUCAUUUACAAGCAUAGCAAACCAGAAAAGUGUUAGAUAUUCAGUUAGUAUAUAUCAUAUUUCACAAAUAUAGCAGUUCAAAACGUAAACAUGCAAAGUUCGCACAUGCGCACAGGAGAGAACAUCAUCUUUAAUAUACCUACUGCAGGGCUGCAAAUAUUAUCUGACUUGACAGGACAUUUGUCCGAUCACUUUGCAAUCGGAUUUUGUCACAGCAAAAAAAUGUAUAAUGUGACUCAAUCACAAUUUUUUGUGAUCGGACCAAAUUGUCCGAUCAAAAUUACUUUUGCUCGGACAUUUGCCAAAUUUAGUUGGACAUUGUCCGAUAUGUCCGACAGUAAUUUGCAGCCCUGCUACUGUAUAUACCUAAUGUCUGUAUACUGUAUAAUAAUUUGUAAGCAUAUUGAUGUCGUAUAUGAAUACAUAAUAACCAGUGUACGUUGAGCAGAGUGACCUAGAAUAGCUGGUUUAAGAUGCCAAAAAAUGAUGCAUUGUCUUUUAUAUAUGGUAGACGCAUGAAAGAAAAUCCAACACCAGCAAAGCCAAACUGGGAGAAAACACCAGACCAAGAGCUUGCAGGUAAAAUUUUUAUCAUUUGGUUAUAGUGAGUACCUAUACUAGAAAUACAGAAGAGAUUAAUUAAUUUCGCUGGCCUGAGGGUGACAAAAUGUAACAAAGCAAUGGUUUUACUAACACUAACCCUACUCCAAACACCAACUCUUACCAUAAUCCUUACCCUAACCUAACCCUAUUCCAAAUUUGUUUCUAAACCAAUCUUGAAGAAAAACGUUUUGACGAAAUAUCAUUCUGAGGUCAGCGAAAUAGUUGAUGCCUAGAAAUACAUGCAUGCAGCAACCCCUCGCCCAUAUUUUCCAAACAUCAAAUUAACAUGACGUAUUUGUAAAUGGCCAAUUACUGAACCACAGAGUAGAGACAUACAGAGACGUAACUAGUGUACCCACUUUUUUGUACACAUGCUCGGCAAGUUACUAGAUGCAUGCAUCUGAUUGGAUGUCACGACCUGGUGUCACGUCAUUUUGUACUAUGCCCUUUGCUAGUGCUUUCUUUUCCCCGGGCGGAAUUAGUACCCUCACCCUGGGCUUACGCCUGGGGCGAGGGUACUAAUUUCUCGGGGAUUAAGUUUUUGACCAUCUUAAAGUCCCUAUAGGUUGUGUGGCUCCUGCUCAUUACACUCCUGACAAUCCAUCAAUAUUUUCUAGAUCAGGGCAGCAGAUUAAAUAGACUACAUGUAUAUAACAUAUUUGUUAUCAUUAUUCCAGCCAUUGCACCAACCUCAUUCCCAAGCUCUUCCCUCUUUUCUUUUUUUCCCUUUUCUUUUCUUUUCUUUAUUCCUCAACAAGAGGGAAAAGCCUGGGAACGAUGUUGCCAUUGAACCCCCCCCCUUACACACACACACACACACAUUGAACCCCCUUACACACACACACACACACACACACGCACACACACACACACAUGUUUUUGACUGAAUUUCAAUGUUUUGCCAGAAUAGGCCUGAAUGGAGAUCAUUGGGGGAGGGAAAGAGCUCCCCUGCCCCAAUUGCAUGACUAUACCUGACUGCAUAAUUAUUUAAUUGAGGGUUGGUAACUAGAAUUAGAUUUAGAGGGUUGGUAUGCAUCUCUAAUUCUAGUUAAUUUUUUAACUAGAAUUAGAGGGUUGGUAUGCAUAUGUUGCUCCUCAGGUUUUUAAUCCGCUUAAUGAAAACAUUGCUAUGUCACUUUUGGAAUUUCAUUAUUGUUUAGAAAACCAAGACGCUCAGAACGGUUCUGUUGCAAAUUAUAAACGGCCAAUAAAACCUUACAAGGUCGUUUUUACUGGUGCAUAUAAUGUGGGUAAAACAAGUUUGUUUAGAAGAAUUUUUAAGGAAGGUUUCUGCGACAAAAAACCACCGUCUUCCGGAGAUAAACGGACACAUGAGGAAAUACUCCACAAACACGAAACUAUAAUACCGGUAAGAAUCACUAGACAUGAAAAUUGGAGCCGGAAUUUAUAUAAAAUAUACAAUUAAAAUUAUAGUAAUUUAAUUAGAAGACAAUAUACAUUUAAAUCCCACACAAAAUGUGGCAACAGAGGGGGCAAUUUACUGUAACCAGGGGCCCCCAAAAAAUCAAGUCUGUAUUAAAGAAUUAUAUUGGCGUGGGGAAUAUUUCCAUAUGGAAUUUACCCUUCUGGAAAGUAUGACACUUUAGCCAGGGUGACAUACUUCCUGGAAGGGAGUAUUGCAGAGAAAUGAAGGCAGAACAUUUGGUACGUAAAUGGCUGCAUUGUAAUUGCAGAAUAAAUUGGACUGUGGCACAUACCAUGCACUCUGGUCCGGGCACUUUGAGACUUCAAGUCUAAUCCAUCAUCUUUCCUCUCAGGUGAUAUGAUGACAAUACAGAAAAAUUAUAAGCACCUCCUAAAGUCGAUAAAUAUCUUUUUAUCUUUAGUUGGAAUUUUGGGAUACAGUUGACUUGGAGAGACAUGCCAGCAUUACGCAAUCAUAUUAUAGAGGUAGCAAGUUUGUUCUUCUAGUAUAUAGUGCUGAUGAUGAGUACUCAUUACACAAAUUGUCUACAAUUGUUGAUGAUGUCAAAUUAUAUGAACCUGCAGCAAAACUAAUUCUUGUUAGAAAUAAAAUUGACCUGCCUCUUGAUCAGGAUGGUGUCCCAGAAGAAAAAGAGAAAGUUUUUCUUCGUAACAUAAAAAAGAAAAUACUUGCAAAUUUUUGGACAUCAGCAAAGACAAAUGAAGGAGUUGAAGACUUGCUAAAAGAACUUGGGAAGCAUUCGGUGAAGAUGUUUAAAAGCAGAAGGAACCAUGAUGAUCAGGAGAAUGGAUUCAGGUUGGACCUUGAUGACAAAAAACAGAAGAGUGAGGGUGGUUAUAACUGUUGUGGUUGA